CCUCUCCCAGACAUCCAAGAAUCAUACAGAAGAACCUUCGCUCUCAUCACCAUGAAGGGAACCUGGGCUGUUGUCCUUUGUUCAGUGCUCCUGCUCGCGGCUGAAAUUCAAGGGCAGCUGACCUAUGGACAUGGACGUUGCAGCUGCACAGAGAAAGGUUCUGAUUUCGUUCAGCGAAAAGCCUUAGGAAAAAUAGAAGUGAUUCCCAAGAGCUCUUCCUGUGACCAUGUUGAGAUCAUUGCUACAAUGAAGCCCACUGGAGAGCAAAGAUGCUUGAACCCUAAUUCCAAAUGGGUACAGAAGAUAAUAACAACCCUCACCAAGAAAAAGUCUUCACAAAGCACUCACCGGGAAAGGAGAAGAGCUAAAGAUCACUUCAACAGACACGUGAGAUUUUCGGAUUUCAGAGCUUCAGGCUCCCUCUCCAGUGAGCAAUGAACUUGAGUCUGCUUCCUCCACCUGGCUCUUCGACUUUUAAAAUACAAAUGCUGCAGUGAGGCAAGUUGUUCCCAACAUACAGUCGUUGCAUCCAUUAAGGUAACAUCUGGGCAGUGACAUCAUCUCAACACUGUGAUGAAACAUCAGCAUGUCACGGCAGGACGUGCAGUGAGGCAUAUGUAACCUCAGUAAUCCUACUGGCAAACCAGUGACAGUAAAGGCCCAAAAAGAAAAGGAGUACUUGUGGCAUGAAGUGAGCUGUAGCUCACGAAAGCUUAUGCUCACAUAAAUUUGUUAGUCUCUAAGGUGCCACAAGUAAUCGUUUUCUUUUUGCGGAUACAGACUAACACGGCUGUUACUCUGAAACCAGUAAAGGUCUAGUUUGUCUGUGGGGUCUCCUGGUGGCGAUAAGUGGUAAUAGAUUGCUUCUGCUUAUCUAAUUUGCAAAGGUUUCU